AUGUCAGAACCUGGUCCGUCCGCGUCGAGCAGUACUAGUCGUGGCAGAGGUCGGGGAAAAUCACGAGGUGGCUUAGGAAAAUAUUUUCGAGCUCGUGGCCGAGGUCGCGGAUACGGUCGGCCAGCAGAAUUCCACCAACGACUGGUCCUAGAGGGCGAGGCACUGGUCGAAGAGGAUGAUGAAGAAAGGGCCGAGAGAGAGCGCAAGUUUUCGAAGAGACAUUUGGGAACCAAUGCAGACAGAUAUGCUGAACCGGAGCCAGAGUUCGAUUCCGACGGCGAACCAAUAGUCGAACCAGAGGUAGACUUAUCAUCAUUCCUGGGGCGACAAAGGUUGUCCGACAAUCCAGAGUCGGCGCUGCAAGCGACAUCGUCUGGCGAUGAUGAGGAUGUAGAUCAUUCUCUGGCGCAUAUAUCCUCCCGUGGCAUAGGUUCGGAGGCACCGACACGCAAAGGAAAAGUCGAGCAGAUCGCAUGGGACGACGAGCUUGACGAACUGUCAAGGGAGAAGGCGGUUGCUGACGCUAAUCGAGAUCUCAAAUCUCGUUUUCGUGCAAAAUCAGAACGGCUGCGAAAGAAGCCCAUUGCUCCCACUGCUCGAGAACGAAAGCAAGGCAGGUCAGAGAAUUCGUCCUAUGUUAAUGCCCCAGCAUUACCUCUGGCGGAAGGUGCUACACCCAAGGACCCGAAAGCCGAUAUGGAAGAUUUUCUUGAUGACCUUUUAGGCUGA